UAAGUCAUUUUGGUAUUUAGUACAUUUUCAUAAUUAUUAAUAUUAUUAUUAUUAUAAUAUUAAUUAUUGUCGGACGUAAUUUGUACCUAAGUUAGUGCGUAACACGCUUACACGGCUCAUAACAUAAAAUAUUUUCCGAUAGUACCUAUUUACUUAUUGUUAUAGAAUUCAUAUUAUACUGCAUAUUUUUUAAGAUGGAUUCCGAUUUGAAUGAUUUAGAUCUUUAUGGAAUACUUGGAAUCCAACAGUCGGCUACUGAAAAAGAGAUUAAAACAGCAUAUCGGAAGAAAGCUCUACAAUGGCAUCCAGAUAAAAAUCCCGAUAAUCCCAAAGCAGCUCAACUGUUCUUGCAGUUAUCUAAAAUAUUAACUAUUCUUACCAACACAGCAGCUCGAUUAGAUUAUGACAAGUUAGUAAAUGCUAAAGCUGCUGCAAAAUUUUGCGAAAAAGAAUGUGAUUCGGAUAUAGCGACAUUUAUAGACGAUAAUGUCAAAAGAAGAAAUGAAUUAUUAGUAAAACGAGAUACAGAUGAACGCAAUUUUAAGAAAGAACUGGAGCGUUUAAGAGAAGCAAGUGACCUUAGGCAGCAAGAAACUGAAAAAGAAAAGAUCGGUUCAUUUAUAUUAAAAUUAAAGUGGAAGAAAAAAGGAGUAUAUAAUAAAGCUAAUUUAACAUCAUUGUUUUCUAAGUAUGGUGACAAAUUAAGUGUUGUGGUUCUGGAAAACAACCAAUCUAUGGCUUUUGUUGAGUACAAAUCUAAGACUUCUGCUAUAAACGCAAAAAAUAAGGAAGUUGGUUUGGACAGUUGUCCUCUUGUUGUGGGUUUUCUCGGGGAUUUCGGACCAGACACCAAAAAGAGUUUUACUUAAUCAUACUUCUGCUCCAAUUUCUAGUACUAUCUUUCCAGUUCAUCAAAAUCAAAUGACAAAUCAUACUGAAAAUACUUAUAUAAUAAAAACACAUCACAAGCUUAUUUGGAUUAUGAAGCAAUGAUCCUUGAGAGAUUUCGACAAGCUGCUAAAUCUCUACAAGGAAAUAGUAAUUCAAACAAUAUAAAUAUAAAAGAUUACAAGAAGAAUCUGGUUUACAUAGUUGUUAUUUAUUAUGAUUAUUUAUACAUGU